CUUCUUUCUGCACUCAUCAACUCCGUUGGUCUUUCUGCUCUUCUGGGUUUUGAUUCUGCUUGGGAAAACGCAGCCAUGUCUCGUCAGUCUGUCUGCAGGAGCUUUGCAGUCGGGGGGAGAAAGGGAUUCAGCUCCUGCUCUGCUGUUGGUGGUGGAUUUGGAGGCGGUGGCGGCCGCAGCAAGAUCAGCUACAGCUCGUACUCCUCAUCCCGGGGAGGAGGCGGAGGAGGACACUGCGGGGGCUUCAGCAGCCGCAGCGUCCACGGCGUGGGGGGCAGCAGAGGGGUCGCCGUGGGCGGGUGCUACGGCGGCGGAUACGGUGGCAGGAUGGGUGGCUUCGGGGGAGGAAUGGGCUGCGGAGGGAUGGCUGGAGGAGGAAUGGGAAUGGGUGGCUUUGGUGGCGGAAUGGGUGGGGGGGGAGGAAUGGGUGGCUUUGGUGGCGGAAUGGGCAGCGGGGGGAUGGGGGGAAUGGGUGGCUUUGGUGGUCCCGGUUUCCCCGGAGGCAUCCAACCGGUGCAAGUUGACCCCAGUCUCCUGCGUCCGGUCCAUGUCGAGAUUGACCCCCAGAUCCAGCAAGUCAAAAACCAGGAGAAGGAGCAGAUCAAGACCCUGAACAACCAGUUUGCCUCCUUCAUCGACAAGGUCCGAUUCCUGGAGCAGCAGAACAAGGUGCUCUCCACCAAGUGGGAGCUGCUCCAGCAGCAAGGGCCAUCGGGGCCCAGGAAGAACCUGGAUGUGAUCUUUGAGAAUUACAUCCAGAACCUGCGGAGGCAGCUGGAAUCCAUCCUGGCACAGCGGGGCCAGCUGGAGUCGGAGCUGCAGAACAUGCGGCAGUACGUGGAGGAGUUCAAAACCAAGUACGAGGAGGAGAUCAACCGCCGCACGGCUGCUGAGAACGAGUUUGUGGUGCUGAAGAAGGAUGUGGACUGUGCCUACAUGACCAAAGUCGAGCUGGAAGCCAGGGUGGGAGCUCUGACAGACGAAAUCAACUUCCUGAGGUGCAUCUAUGAGGAGGAGCUGUCUCAGAUGCAGACGAUCAGUCGGGAUCUGUCCGUGGUGGUGUCCAUGGACAACAACCGGCACCUGGACCUGGACAGCAUCAUCGAGGAGGUUCGGCGCCACUAUGAGCAGAUCGCCCAGAGCAGCCGGGCUGAGGCCGAGGCCUGGUACCAGAGCAGGUAUGAAGAGCUCCAGAGCACGGCCGGCCGGCACGGGGACAGCCUCCGCAACACCAAGAUGGAGAUCCAGGAGCUGUCCAGGAAUGUCCAGAGGCUGCGGACAGAGAUUGAGAAUGUGAAGAAGCAGAACCAUCAUCUCCAGUCAGCCAUUGCUGAGGCUGAGGAGAGGGGGGAGAUGGCCAUCAAGGAUGCCAGGAGGAAGCUGGAAGAGCUGGAAUGUGCCCUGAACAAGGACAAGGAGGAGCUGGCUCGCCUGCUGAAGGAGUACCAGGAGCUGCUGAACACCAAAAUUGCCCUGGAUGUUGAGAUUGCCAUGUACAGGAAGCUGCUGGAGGGCGAGGAGAACAGGCUGUGCAAUGACAGCAUGUCCAACGUCAAUGUCUCUGUGGUGGGCAGGACGACUGUCUCCGGCGGCAGAGGAGGCAUGGGAGGAGGAUUCGGAGGCAGCGGCAUGGGAGGAGGAUUCGGAGGCGGCAGCUGUGGAAUGGGAGGAGGAUUCGGAGGCGGCAGCGGCAUGGGAGGAGGAAUGGGAGGAGGCGGCAUCUGCGGAGGAGGCAGCAGCUUUGGAGGAGGCAGCAUGGGGGGCAGCUGCGGCAUGGGGGGAGCGAUGUACGGCGGGGGCUUCUCCUCCGGGAGCGGAAGGAUGUGCGGCUCCGGCGGGGGAUCCUCCUCCGUGCGGAGAUGCGUCACCACCACCUCGGUCAAAUCCUCGGGAGUGAGAUUCUGAGCCCCGAAGGCUGACAAGGAAAGAAGCACCUCCUCUCUCCUCCUGACAGCAGCCCAGCCUCCCGAAGCCCAGCUCCGUUGUCCUGCAGCGGGAUGAGCUGUGUCCCCCCGUGCGGCUCAUCCCGGCUCCUGGUCCCAGCCGGGGUUCGGUGGCGAUGCCGCGGGUGUCCCGGCACCAGGAGCUGCCGGGCAGGAGGGGCCGCUCUGCCUUCCUCGCUGUUGUACAUUUCUUGUGGCGAAUGUGUAUGAAACCCCUCUUUCCUCCUGUUCUGUGUCCCCACCUCCCUUCUUCUGUGUGUGUCCUGCCCGCCUUCCCCGGGAUGUUGCCAUUCCCAAUAAAUCGCAGAGAACAUUCA